UUUGCACGGUUCCUCAUUUUUUAUUUGCCGGAUAAGGCGUUUCUGUCCGAUUUAUGCUCUUCUACUUUCUUCACUCUUUUUCGAUGCCAAUCUCCAAGAUAUAAUCAUUUGAUUUUAUCUUUCCUAAUCGCAAAAAAAAAUAUUAUUGGUUUUCAUCUUCUCUAAGCUGAUCCCUGAGCUAGGGUUUUGAAUUAGGGAUUUUAUUGUUGAAGAGCAUCGAGCAAUGCAUUCGGUGCCUUCUGUAUUUGAUCUAUUCACUCCACCGCAUGCUGCAUCUUUCUAUGGUUUUUUGUGCUUUCAUCGUCUGAAAAACAUGGAAAAAUUUGAUUGGGCUAAUAGUCUUAGUUAACGUUUACUUCUUUUUUUUUAAUCACCGGUUUUCCAAUUGCUCAUUGCGGUUUCAUUUCCUGAUAUUUGUACCCAAAUCUGUUGGUAUAGUUCGAGAUCUUUGGUGCGUCUUUGUUUGGAGGAUCUGACAAGGUUCAUUUCAAUCGUCAAACGCAGAGGUCUUUGCUGCUUUCUUUGUAAUUGAUGGACGAUUGCCCUGCUAGCUACAAGUCGGCGUCUGAAAAUGUAGGCGUUCAUUGCAAGUCAUCAAAGGGGACGCAAUAUUGUGCUUUUGGAAAUAUAGGUGGUCUUUCUGUAAAUGAUCUUGGCCACCAUUUCACUGAUUAUCUCAAUAUUCAGGAUGCUGAAGACUCAAAUGAUAAGUGCAAUGUUGAGACUGUGAAGGAAGAUGUAACUAAAGAUUCCCAUGGAAGUGACUCUGGUAUUGCUUCUGUAAAAUGCUUGAUCAAAUGUGCAACAUUUCCAUGCUCUGGUAUUAGCGUGCCUCCUGCAGAAUUUGGUGGGAAGGAGCUAGAGGGUGACAUGAAUGCUGAAGUAAUGACACAUGGUGCUGAUGCUAAAUCUCCUGAUUUGCCUUACUCACGUUCCAUAUCUCUGCCAACUCCUUUGAAGCUUGUAUCUGCCAUAAAAGGUGGCCGUGAGAAACAAGGCAGUCUACCAAGGAAGCUGACUGUAACAUGGGCUCCAGAUGUGUAUGAUCCUAUUCCAACAUCAGUGUCACAUGUGCCAAACCCAAACAAGGGACAAAACCAUAAGAGUGGCAAGAAGAAGAAUGGGAAGAAUAAGCAGAAAAACAAUGGCAAAUCCUCACGAGGGAACAAGGGUAGAGACAAGAAGCAAGCUCGUAAACAUGGGGAGAGUUCUCAGUUAAGUAACCAUCCUCUGGAUGAUAGCAACAUCGCACCUUCGUCGAGCGAGGUGCAGUCUAGCGUUGUGGAUUUUGAUAUUGACAGCCCAGAUCCAUUUUGUGGGAGAAGUUUUCUUCAGAACUCUAUCACAAAACUGCACUUCCCUGUUGCAAAGGCCAGCUGAACUCCCUUUUUUGAUCUUAGUGACUCUUGAUGAUUUCACCAGAGUGUAGUGUAAAUAAAUAAAUGUGUGAGGGCUUUGUUGAGCAGUGAAACGAGAAUCAUAGUUAGUCGUGGCUAAACUUUUCAACCUUUGUUAUGUCAGUUGACUCUUGAAUUUCUUCUA